UAUGAGCAGACAGCCUGCAUUGCUGCGCUGCAUGCAGUGAGAGCAGCUCACAGAGAGGGUAGUAUGGUGCCCUGAUGCUUUUAAGAACUUUCUGUCCAUGUUUGCACUGCCUAAUAGUCUUUCUUCUAGAAGCAAGCACCACUGAGCUUCCAGUUUUUUAAAUUUAUUUUUAUCCUUUUGGUUUUUAAACAUGGGGUGCUCAUCCUCAAGUGCACAAACUGUUGAUCAGGAGAAAAGACCAGGCACCAAGCCUGAGGAGACCAACGGAGACACUCUGGCAGGAGUCAGAAACGGCAUUGUUGCAGAUGAUGCACAAACCAUCGAAGACCAGAUGCAGCUGCCUGUCCAGACUGCUUUAACAGAAAACAUUCAAACAGGAGCUGAAGAUGAUGGAGAGCCAUUGUUAAUGGCCAUGGAGGCCCAGGAGGACCUUGGUUCUGGGGAAGACCUCCUGUCAGCUACUGAUCCGCAACCCGAGCCUGCUGUGUGUGAGGAAGUAGCACCAGAGACCGCAGCCACUGCUCUGGCAGAAGAGGAAGCAGCUCCUUCAGCAGUUGUGUCAGCAGAGGCUCCUCCUGUGGUCCUUGUUGAAGAAGUCCCUGCUGCUGAAUCUGUGCAGGCAGAAGCCCCCACUGUCACCGAAGAGGUAGCUCCUGCAGCAGAUGCUGAACUGGCUCCAUCUGAGCCUGCAGCCGUUCUGGGGGUCGCCGAGGCAGUAGAACCCCCUGCUGCUGUUGCUCAGGAAACUCCUGCUGAAGCUCCAGCUGAGGCCCCCACUGAAGCGGCUGCUGGAGCCCCACCUGAGGAGGCUCCACCUGCAGAGGUCCUGACCCACAAUUCAGCACCAGAGGCUGCAUUAGAAAAUCUGGCCGAAGUUUUGGAAAACAAACCAAAUGAGUCUUCAACACCGGGAGAGGUUCCAGCCCAGAAUGUAGUUUUGGAACCAGUGGAAUUGUCUGUUCCUGCCGAUGGAGAGCCCAUUGUAGAUGCAGAUAUUGCUGCUGCAACUGUUCCAGAAGUUCCUUCCCCACUUGUGGUUUCACCUGGUGCUCAAGUGGAGCUUCAGCCUUCUACUGAAGGGGGAAAAGCUUCCACACCCACCGAUGAGACGGAGGAAACCCCACUGCCUGAACCUGAUGCUGUGGAGCAGUGUCAGAAUCCGGAAGCUUCAAGAGUUUCAGAAACUCUUCCAGAAGAAGGUGCAGCACCCAGUGUGAUCUCUGAGGCGGGUACAGAUGGAGAAAAUGUGUCUGUGAUUGAGCUCACCCCAACACAAUCUGAAGGCCUGCCAUCUCCAGCAUCUGCUGCUGAUCCAGACCAGGAAGCUUCAACAGAUGUGUCUGUCUCUGACCAGUCUCUGGAGGAGAUCCAGAGUGGAACAGCCAAAAAGGAGAACUGAGUCGAUGGAGGAGAUUCCUGACAGCACCAGCACUGACCGCUGUGGGGAGUACUGGAUGAAGGAACAGAAGAUAAAAACGGUCACUGUUGUUUAUCAGCGCUCACCAAACUUUACAAAAACUGUUGGUAAAAGUCAAAGUGGCUUAACAGCUGAUCCUUCCGCAAUAAUAAGGUUUUUUCCUACAUGUAUUCAGAUGUUUUGGGGGUCUUUCAACUUUAAAAACUCAGAGUGCCUCCAGUGUGUUUUAUUUGUUUUAGAGACAUAAUUCAAAAAUAUUGUUCUAAGGCACAUGUGUCAAACUCAAGGCCC